AGAAGAGGGAGAGAGAGAGAAGGCAAGCGUUCCCCCAGCUGUUUCCUGUCUACAGUGUCUGUGUUUUGUAGAUAAAUGUGAGGAUUUUCUCUAAAUCCCUCUUCUGUUUGCUAAAUCUCACUGUCACUGCUAAAUUCAGAGCAGAUAGAGCCUGCGCAAUGGAAUAAAGUCCUCAAAAUUGAAAUGUGACAUUGCUCUCAACAUCUCCCAUCUCCCUGGAUUUCUUUUUGCCUCAUUAUUCCUGCUAACCAAUUCAUUUCCAGACUUUGCACUUCAGAAGCAAUGGGAAAAAUCAGCAGUCUUCCAACCCAAUUAUUUAAGUGCUGCUUUUGUGAUUUCUUGAAGGUAAAGAUGCACAUCACGCCCUCCUCGCAUCUCUUCUACUUGGCCCUGUUCUUGCUCACCUUCACCAGCUCUGCCACGGCUGGACCCGAGACCCUCUGUGGGGCUGAGUUGGUGGACGCCCUUCAGUUCGUGUGCGGAGACAGGGGCUUUUAUUUCAACAAGCCCACGGGGUAUGGCUCGAGCAGUCGGAGGGCGCCUCAGACAGGAAUCGUGGACGAAUGCUGCUUCCGGAGCUGUGAUCUGAGGAGGCUGGAGAUGUACUGCGCGCCUCUCAAGCCUGCCAAGUCGGCCCGCUCUGUCCGUGCCCAGCGCCACACCGACAUGCCCAAGGCUCAGAAGUAUCAGCCCCCAUCUACCAACAAGAAAACGAAGUCUCAGAGGAGAAGGAAAGGAAGUACAUUUGAAGAACACAAGUAGAGGGAGUGCAGGAAACAAGAACUACAGAAUGUAGGAAGACUUUCCUGAAGAGUGAAGAAUGACAUGCCACUGGCAGGAUCCUUUGCUCUGCACGAGUUACCUGUUAAACACCAGAAGACCUACCAAAAAAAUAAGUUUGAUAACAUUUCAAAAGAUGGGCAUUCCCCCCAAUGAAAUACGCAAGUAAACAUUCCAACAAUGUCUUUAGGAGUGAUUGUUAAAAGCUUUGCACCUUGCAAAAAUGGUCCUGGAGUUGGUAGAUUGCUGUUGAUCCUUUAUCAAUAAUGUUCUAUAGAGAAAAUAUAUAUAUAGAUCUUAGUCCCUGCCUCUCAAGAGCCACAAAUGCAUGGGUGUAUAUAGAUCCAGUUGCACUACAUUUGUCUCUGAAUCUUGGCUGCUAGAGACAUUCAUUCAGCAGCCUUAUCUAAGUGGUUUAUUAAUUUUUUUAUUUGCACUUCUUUCUACGCAACACAGGCUGUUUGUUUUACAGUGUCUGGUAAUCUUGUUCGUCUAUCCCUCUCCCCCCUUCAUCACCUUUUUAUUUGCCAAAUUUGGCCUCCUCAAUAGCAGCAGCAAGCAGUCAAAUAGCACACCAAUUUUUAACCCACAAGAUUCCAUCUGUGGCAUUUGUACCAAAUAUAAGUUGGAUGCAUUUAUUUUAGACACAAAGCUUUAUUUUUUCCACAUCUUGCUAAAAAAAAUGCAAGUAGUUGCAACUUUGAGGCCAAUCAUUUUAGGCAUAUGUUUUAAGCAUAGAAAGUCUCAAACUCUGAAUGGCUCCUUCAAAUGAUGAGUUAGUGUGCGACCUAAUCAGUACUUCUCUCUUUUUAUUUUUUCCAUAUAAAGCACUAUGUAAAUUUAGCAUGUCAAUAAUACAGGAUGUAUCAAACAGUAUGUAAAACUCUGUUUUUUAGUACAAUGGUGCUAUUUUGUAGUUUGUUAUAUGAAAGAGUCUGGCCAAAACGGUAAAAGGUGAAAGCAAAACAAGAGGAAGCCUGGAGCCAAAGGUGACACAGAGGGGAAGGGUACUCAAAAUUUAACCACUUGGGAAAGAAAAGUUCCCCAAUUAUGCCUUCCAAAAGAAAUAAGACACAAAGUCCACUGAUGCAAAUUUGAUUGGCGAGUCCAGAGAGGAGUAGAAGAAGCAAAAAGCUAGGAAUUUUAACAGUCCUGGUUUCUUAUUCUCGCUGAAGAAACAAACAUCUGCCGACUCUGUCACGGACUCACCACCGUGUGACCUUGGGCAAGUCACUUCACCUCUCUGUGCCUCAGUUUCCUCAUCUGCAAAAUGGGGGCAAUAUGUCAUCUACCUACCUCACAGGGGUGGUAUGAGGAUUAAAAAGAUAAAGCUCCAGAUUUUUAUCCUGAGUUGCUAUGAGGGCGUCAAGAUCAGAGCCCUUGAGCUGCUGGGAUGCAAGGAAUUCUAUGAACAACUCAUUCACAGCAUAGCUAGAAAAUUGAUAAGCUGAAUGCUCCUGACAUGCCAGUUCUUGUCAGUGAAGCUAUCCAACUAACUAUCCAACUAACUAGUUGUUAAAGGCUAACAGCUCAAUCUCUUUUAAAACACUUUUCAAAAUAACCUAGAAACAUUUGAUCUGCAAUUUGAUUUUGAAGUCUGCAUUUGGAUUUAAGAAUACAAAGUGAAAAGAGAGGAAAAGAAAAAAGGAGAAAAACAAAGAUUUCUCCCAGCGAAAGGAUGAUUAUUCCAUUUGCUAGCACUUACUGACUCUGCCAGGAAGUUACUAAUAACCUAAUAAUACUUCUUUUAAUAUUAUAAAUGAUACUCUAUUCAUUUUGAAAAACAGUUCUUUCCGCUUUUCAAGUAAUCUAAAAAAAGUCCCAAGAUUUCAAAUACUGAAAUAAUAACUAAUAAAAUGUCACGAAUUUACUUUCUUUAAUGAAUUUUGUUCUUAUCCUUGGAGAUACUGAUAUAUACAUAUAUUUUUGGUUAAAGUAUGCUUGACUAGAGUUGCUGGUUGAAAGACAAACAUUUCCUUCACAGCUAGAAAUUUUCCCUCAUGUCUGCUUAGAAGAGUGGCCUCUAGUCCUCUGUGGAUGUGUCUUAUCCAUUCAAUUGAAAACUGGUAUCAAGAAAAUCCAAUGAUGAGGACAGGUCCAUGCUGACCUAGAAAAUAUUUCCUGUCUACAUAUCAAGAUUUUCUUAUUAAAACAAUGAAUCAUCCAUCAUUCAGAUCUUUUUAUCUGCCUUAGAACUUUUUGGUGAAAAGCAACCAGGCUUGAUUAUUUCAUGCAAAUUAUAUCCUUUUUAUUCUUGGAGAGUGUACAUGCAAAACAAAAAUAACAUCUUUAGUCUUCAUCCCACUGGUUCACCUCAAGGUUCAGAGGCCAGAAAAAAACAAGAUUUCCUGGAUCUCUGAACAUAUGCAAAAAGAAGGCCUAUUUAAUGGACACCUCUGGUCAGCCAACUGGUAUUUUAACCUUAGUCCACAGUGUUAUUUGAAUUUAGCACCCCUGGAAUGCAGAGCUAUGUUCUGAUCACUGUGGACAGAUGUAAAAGAAACCACAGGUAAUUUUGCCCUUCAUCUGUUUUCUAGACAUAUGGGUUCUAUGGAAUGAGAUGCUGGACCCAUUUUCCCAAAAUGGCACUCUGAUUUUUAUUUCUUAUUCCUAGUGUGUAUCUUUAAAAAUUACUAACUACGAACAACACUUUACAUGCAACCUUCUGCAGACCUGUAAGUUUCCAGACAUAGUUGAAUACGGUAAUUCUAAGAGUGUCUACGACUUAUUUGAUUCACUUAAUAAUUCUGUUCACAGCAAAAAAUACCCCAGUGAGGAAAGCUUAAAUAUGCGAAGUCAUAUUACCCUUCUUAACUUUUUCUAAUACAUAGUCCUCUCCAACUGUAUCACAAAUCAGCUAAUUAAAAAUUAACUAAUUAUACUAACCCACUGUCUUAUUUUCAAAUGAUUUAAAACUAGAAGACAAAUUGCUGUCAACUCCACAAGUCAGCUGAUCACUAUAUACUACAGCAGAACUACCUGGUACUGACAGAAGGAAGCACAGAAAAUCUUACAACUCAAAACUUUAUAAGCUUUGCUUUAGAAUUUUGAAAUGAGGCAAUAUCAAGAUGUUUAUGAAAGAGCUAUAAAUACUGGUAAGAAUGAGCUUUUAAUUUAUGGGUUGAUUUCCAAUUUAAUUGACAACACUGAAUACCUAGGUCAAAUUUCCAUUCCCACUUCCCCAAAUAGUAUAACUGUAUUAUUCGAACAUUUUAAGAUGAGGAAGCUCCACUGAAAAAGUUAAAGCAUCUUUCCAUCAGGAUCCACUCUUCUAGAGAUAAAGAAAAACUCUCCCAAUACCCACCCUACACACACACACACACACAUAGACACGUGCACUCACACACUCAUCCUAAGAGUCCAAUGGAAUACUUGGAAGAAAUCACUUCCUUGAAAAAUCUUUAAAAAAAAAAAAAAAAAGCCUGGCCUCCCUUGAGAAUCCUUCCCCUCCUUGGAAUGUCAGUGUUUGUGUAGAUGAAACCAUCUCAUGCACUAUGGCUUCAGGGUUUCUGUUAUUAGUUUAUGCACUUGGGAGAAUGCUUAAAAUGGAAGAUGUAGCACAUUUUGCUUUCCCAUUUAUUGUUUGGCCAGCUAUGCCAAUGUGGUGCUAUUGUUUCUUUAAGAAAGUACUUGACUUAAAAAAAAAAAAGAAAAAAGAAAAAAAAGAAAGCAUAGACAUAUUUUUUUAAAGUAUGAAAAAAACAAUUCUUUAGAUAGAUGGCUUAAGAAAAUAGCAUUAGGUCUAGUCACCACCACCUUUCAACUUUAUAUCACUCACAAGUAGUGUACUGUUCACCAAAUUGUGAGUUUGGGGGUGCAAGGGCAGAAGAUGGAAAUUUUUUUAAGUUAGAAGGCUCCAUUAUUUUGUUGGCUCUCAAACUCAAUAAAAUUAGCAAUAUAUUAUCCAAUAUGAACAUCUUGAUUCAAGAGCAUGGAGUAUAAAUGGGAAAGAAAAAAAAAAAAAAGACCUUA